AUGGCUCCGAUAUCCAAGGAGACCGACUACCUUGUCAUCGGCGGCGGAAGUGGUGGCCUUGCGUCGGCGCGCAAGGCUGCCGGCCAGUUUGGCACCAGGGCCAUGAUCAUAGAAGGCAGCCGCCUGGGUGGCACUUGUGUCAACGUAGGCUGUGUGCCGAAAAAGGUCACCUUCAACGCCGCCCUCAUCGCAGAAACGAUACACGAGUCCAAAGCAUACGGCUUCUCCGUGGAGGAGACGAAGCCUUUCGAUUUCACCUCUUUCAAGAACAAGCGGGAUGCCUUCAUCAAGCGCCUCAACGGCAUUUACGAGAGGAACUUGAAGAACGACAAGGUCGAAUAUGUCGCUGGCUGGGCCAAGCUUUUGAGCAAAAACGAGGUCGAAGUCACCCUCAACGACGGCACCAAGGAGACUGUGCGCGCAAAGAAGAUUCUGAUCGCUGCCGGCGGCUACCCGACACAUGCGCCAGCCAACGUUCCCGGCUCAGAGCUCGGUACCAACAGCGACGGUUUCUUUGAUAUCGACACCCUACCAAAGAAGGUCGCCCUCGUCGGUGCUGGCUAUAUCGCUGUCGAGUUUGCCGGCAUGUUCAACGCCCUGGGAGUGGAGACUCACCUUUUCAUCCGCCACAAGACUUUCUUGCGAACAUUCGACCCCAUGAUCCAAGAGGGUGUGACGAACGAAUACGAGCGCCUCGGUAUCAAGCUCCACAAGGAAUCCUCACAAAGCAAGGUCGAGAAGGACUCCGAUGGCAAGCUCACCAUUCACUACAAGGACGCCAACGGAGAGGGUAAGCUCGAGGGUCUGGACCACCUGAUCUGGGCCAUCGGCCGAACGCCCGCCACCAAGGAUCUUGGCCUGGACAAGGCAGGCGUCAAGCAGGACGAGAAAGGCCACAUCGUCGCCGACGACUACCAGAACACGAAUGUCGAAAACAUCUAUGCCUUGGGUGACGUCUGCGGCAAGGCCGAGCUGACGCCCGUCGCCAUCGCCGCCGGUCGUCGUCUUGCCGAACGUCUGUUUGGUCCCGAGCAAUACCGUACCGCACGCCUCGACUACAGCAACAUCCCCUCGGUGGUCUUCUCUCACCCCGAAGUCGGCUCCAUCGGUCUGACCGAGCCCCAGGCCGAGGAGCAAUACGGCAAGGAGAACCUCAAGGUCUACAGCACCAGCUUUACUGCCAUGUAUUACACCUUGAUGGAGCCCGAAGACAAGCCCCCCACCAAAUACAAGCUGAUCUGUGCCGGCCCCGAGGAGAAGGUGGUAGGACUUCACAUCAUGGGGCUUGGAUCUGGCGAGAUGCUGCAGGGUUUCGGCGUUGCCAUGAAGAUGGGCGCUACGAAGAAGGACUUCGACUCUUGCGUAGCCAUUCACCCUACGAGCGCCGAGGAGCUGGUUACCCUGAAAUAG